AUGCCCGCCCCUCACGUACCGCCUGCCGUCCCCAUGCAUCAGGUAAGGAGGCAGCCUGAGUACCACUACCAUAUGCCACCGCAGACAAACUCGCCGGUACCGCACAACCCCUACACUCAAUACCACCACCAUCCCCAACACUAUGGCGCUCCCCACUCAUCGCCUUACCCCCAGCAAUGGUACCCCUAUCCCCAGCCCCAGCACCAGUAUCCGAUGCCUCCCCGCCAGUACCCGCCUCAUGGUUCCCCAGUAGUCGUCUCUUCGCACCCCCACAUGGCGCCAAUACCCCCAGUCAGUCGCCAGCUCGGUCAAACCCCCCCAAUUGCUCAUUCAAGGACGCCUCCCGCACCGCGCAACAUGACGCCACUGCCGACUCCCUCGACUCCUUCCGUGACUUCGCAAACUCAUGUCUCUUCUCCAACCCCCCCCACGAACAUGAGCACGCCGACUCCGCCUCCCACAACGCCCGCAAGACCACCCUUCACUGCACCCCCACCUCCUCCUCCUCCGCCGCCGCCCACACACCGCAUGCCCUACUACCCUGACCUCCCUUGGCUCUCUGUACCUGAUGUCGAAUUCCCUCCCAGAGCGUCACAGAAGAAGCGGCGGAGAAAGAUCCCUGUACCUUCCACAGAAGAAGGACUGGCAUUCCCUACGCGUGAAGCCGCGGUGGAGGAGGAGCCGGAGAAGACCCCGACAGAAGCUCCCGAAGAUUCCCAGGCGGACGAGUCUCAGGCCUCGACUGCUCCCGCUGCUUCAGAAAUCGAAACCCCGUCGACUUCACACCCACCAUCUGAGGCCGAUUCGACGCACCCGACCACGCCAUCUUCAUCCAUGCCACCUGCUUCUGCCCGGCCUCUGGCGGUGAAUCACACUCGAACCGCUACCAAGCCUGCUGUGCCUCUGAUCCCGAUCAAGCCUGUGAAACCCGUGAGCGCCACAUCCACCACCCAGAAAUCGGCCACAGACAAGGAAGAAGUUAAGAAAGCCGAGGAAGCCCCAAGCUCCACUACCGAGCCUAGCGGUAGUACUGAGAACACACCAAAGGCAUCACCUCCCCCUAAGCCGGCACCGAAGUCUUGGGCAGAGCUUCUGCGGCCAAAGGCACCCGCUCCCGCCGCCCAAACCCCAUCAAUUCCGAACGGAGUCGUCGCUGUAAAUGGCUCCUCUGUACCCAAGAGCAACUCUCUUGCCGAUGUCCUUUCUUCAUUCUCGGUAGACUCUGAUAAAAAGAUUUCUUUUCUUGAGCCCCGUGGCCUUGUAAAUUCGGGCAAUUUGUGUUAUAUGAAUUCUAUUCUUCAAGUUCUUGUUUUCUGUGUGCCCUUCUACGACUUCUUGGAUCAGGUUGCGAAGCGCGCUGUGCAUAGUUUCAAAACCGAGACACCUCUUGUCGACGCCAUGAUUCUAUUCAUGCACGACUUCAAAGUCAUUGACUCGCACCCCUCCGUGGAGACACUUCGUAUGCGCUUGAAGGACACCGAGUUAGAGCAAUAUGGCGACCCGUUGACUCCCGAAUAUGUAUAUGAUGUUAUAAAGCGACUCCCUCGCUUCGACAACAUGAAGCGAGGACAACAAGAGGAUGCUGAAGAAUUUUUGGGUUUCCUGCUUGCUGGCCUUCACGACGAGUGUGCGCAUGUGAUCAAGAGUGGGACGUUGGGCAACGGACCCCACAGCACCACAUCGCCAAAGAGCGAGCACUCCGGUUCUGUUGAUGGCGGUUGGCUUGAAGUUGGCCCCAAGCAAAAGCCUUCGGUCACGCAGUCUUCUGGUGCUAUCGAGAUCGAGACCCCAGUGACAAAGAUUUUUGGAGGAAAGAUUCGAUCCGAAUACCGCAAACCGGGCGAGAAGCCCUCAGUCACCCUGGAACCAUACCAACCUCUUCAGUUGGAUAUUGGAUCCCCUACCAUUCACAACAUCACGGAUGCUCUGAAAGGCUUGACUCAUUUGGAAACUCUUGAUGCUACAACACGCGGUGCACGUGCCUCGACUAAGCAGAUGUUCAUCGAGACACUGCCGCCUGUUCUUAUUCUCCACCUCAAGCGCUUCCACUACGAUGCCAGCGGUGCUCAGAAGAUUUGGAAGAAGAUUGGAUAUCCAUUGGAGUUGGAGAUUCCGAAAGAUGUUUUCCCUCCACACAAGCGAGGAAACUUCAACGUACGCGGUGGUGCUCCUCGCUAUAGGCUCACUGCGGUCGUCUAUCAUCAUGGCAAGAACGCAAGCGGUGGCCAUUAUACUGUCGACCUUCGUCGCCAAGAGGGUCGGGAAUGGAUCCGGAUGGACGACACCGUCAUCCGACGUAUUCGUGCAGAGGACGUUGCUGAGGGCGGUGCUGAAGAGGAUCCAAAGGUUUUAGCUGCCGCGCUCGAGCAGCACAAGAGAGAUUCUAGUCGGAGCCGCAACUUCUUUGAGCAAGGCGGCUUGGGUGAAGAGGGGGAGAAGGCGGAGGAAGGUGGGUGGAGUCAGGUCAACGGCGUCGACAAGAAGGAUACUGGUCCCAAAAAGUGGAGUGGGGUCGUCAAUGGAACAGUGACUCCAAGCACCACGGGUAAGAGGACUCCGCUUCCAAAGGAGAGCGUCAGGGAUAAUAAGGUGGCAUAUAUCUUGUUCUACCAGAAGAUCGAGGCCUAA